UGGACACCGGUCUGUAAGGGGAAGUAACUGCUGCUAAACGUGUCAAAAUUGAGAUUGAGAGAACGAAAACUGGACAAAAUGACUCAAAUGAAACAUUCAUUGGUUUAUAGAUGAAAAUAUAGAAGCACAAAUAUAAAGAUUAUUCUACCAACUAAAGUUUCAAGAAAGCCUCCUUUCAAAUAUUUUGAUUUUCAUUUAUUUUUGGGCAGAAAUAUAUCUGGAAACUUUCCAUAUUGUGCCAUAAAGUCUUGCAUCAGAGAAAAUACCAGUUUGAAAUUUCAAAAAAGUUAAAGAAACAGUCAUGGUUCUUGCAGAUUUAGGGAGGAAAAUUACCUCAGCGCUGAAAUCUCUCAGCAAUGCUACAAUAAUAAAUGAAGAGGUCUUAAAUGGCAUGCUUAAGGAGAUAUGUGCAGCUCUAUUGGAGGCUGAUGUCAACAUAUUCCUGGUCAAACGAUUGAGAGAAAAUGUCAGAUCUGUUAUUGAUUUUGAUGAAAUGGCUGGAGGGUUAAACAAAAGAAGAAUGAUCCAGUCUGCUGUGUAUAAGGAACUUGUCAAGUUGAUUGAUCCUGGAGUGAAACAAUGGACACCAACUAAAGGUCGUAGUAAUGUCAUCAUGUUCGUAGGUCUACAGGGAAGUGGAAAGACUACAACAUGUUCAAAACUGGCGUAUUAUUACCAGAAGAAAGGAUGGAAGACAUGUUUGAUUUGUGCCGAUACAUUUCGUGCCGGAGCUUUUGAUCAGUUGAAACAAAAUGCUACCAAAGCAAGGAUUCCUUUUUAUGGAAGUUACACAGAAAUUGACCCAGUGGUGAUAGCACAGGAAGGAGUAGAUAAAUUCAGAGACGAAAACUUUGAAAUCAUCAUCGUAGAUACGAGUGGUCGUCACAAACAGGAAGAUUCAUUGUUUGAAGAAAUGUUACAAGUUUCAAAUGUUACUGAUCCAGACAAUGUUAUAUUUGUGAUGGACGCCACCAUUGGACAAGCUUGUGAAUCUCAGGCCAGAGCCUUUAAAGAGAAAGUAGAUGUAGCUUCUGUGAUCAUUACCAAACUUGACGGCCAUGCUAAAGGAGGUGGGGCUCUCAGUGCAGUUGCAGCCACCAAAAGUCCUGUGAUAUUUAUAGGUACUGGAGAACACAUUGAUGACUUUGAACCAUUUAAGGUUCAGCCUUUUGUCAGUAAAUUGUUAGGUAUGGGUGAUAUCGAGGGAUUGAUCGACAAAGUCAAUGAAUUGAAACUUGAUGACAAUGAAGAACUAAUGAAAAAGUUAAAACAUGGUCAGUUUACAUUAAGAGAUAUGUACGAACAGUUCCAGAACAUUAUGAAAAUGGGACCUUUCAGUCAGAUAAUGGGAAUGAUACCUGGAUUUAGUUCUGAUUUCUUAACAAAAGGAGGAGAACAGGAAUCAAUGGCUCGUCUAAAGAAGUUGAUGACAAUGAUGGACAGUAUGAAUGAUAUGGAACUUGACAGUUUAGAUGGAGAGAGACUGUUUGCUAGGCAACCAAGUAGAACCCACCGAGUAGCUCGAGGAGCAGGAGUAUCAGUGAAGGAAGUCAAUGAGCUACUUACUCAAUAUAAGAAGUUUGCUCAGAUGGUGAAGAAGAUGGGUGGAAUUAAAGGAUUAUUUAAAGGUGGUGAUAUGAGCAAGAAUGUUAACCCUGCACAGAUGGCUCGUCUCAAUCAACAGAUGGCUAAAAUGAUGGAUCCCCGUGUACUGCAGCAAAUGGGUGGAAUGCAAGGAUUACAAGGAAUGAUGAAACAAUUCCAGCAAGGUGCAGCAGGAAAGAUGGGCAAUAUGUUUGGUGGCAAAUAAUCACACAAAGACACUAUAAAUGGAACAUCAUAUUUUUAAACAUUUGGAUAUACCAUACAGAUUUAUUUGAAACGAAACUUCAUU